ACAGCUGCUCCUUCGAACUCACUCACGAUCUACCAAGUUUGAAGACCCUAAAAUUCACGGGCGAUCCCGAACUACGCGGUUUCGAUAACAAGCUUUCAGCGCAGAAUCUCACGACUUUGGAAUUACUCAACACUGAUGAUGUAAUUCCAUUACCUCCUGUACUUCCAGCUCUCGAGCACAUCAUACUGAGGGGGUACUCAAACCUUGGUACGCUAGCCCGGCUCUCUACACCACGACUACGAGCUCUCUCAUGUUAUUCUUCAACAACAAAGCUUGAUAUGUUGAAGCAAGCGGGUUGGGCUGCCCUUAAACAACUGGAUUUCCUAGGCCUAUAUCUGGACCCUCAUUCAUAUUCAUGGGAUGCCCCCGAGGUCCUGCGCACAGCAGCCAUGCAUUUGAGAGGUGUUAUUCAAGAAGCAGAAAAUGUAAAGCACUUCUAUUUAAAGGGACCUUCAGUACUUAGGAUUUUGUUGAAGCCACGUUCGUGUUACGUAGCGAGUCCAUUGUUGCAGAUAUCCACUUCAUUCGAAAGUUUAUUG